AUGAAGACAACAACGACACGGGCAGUGCUGCUCGCUCUCCUCAGCGGCAGCAGGUUCACGGCUGGUUCCCGGGUCGAGGCACAGCUGUGCUUCUUCCCCGGCGGCGUGCAGGCCCGGGAUGUGCCGUGCGAUCCCACGGCUGAAGUCAGCAUGUGCUGCGGCAGCGUCAACGCGUGCUUGAGCAACGGGCUGUGUAAGCUCGAGGAGACGACCAACAACACGGGCGUCGCGUACGCGCGGGGCACGUGCUCCGACCCGACGUGGCAGAGCCCGGUUUGUCCACAGAACUGCGUAUUGAACCCCGACACGCGAACGAACAGGACGGCCUACGACUUCCGGUUCAACGGCGUGCAGGUGUGGCAGUGCGACAGCCAGGGGUACGGCGUGCCGGGAAAGUUCUGCUGUGAAUCGGCGGCCGAGAAGACGCGAUGCUGCAGCACGCCGACGGCCGUCUUCGGGCCCCUCAUCCCCGCGACGCCGGGCAACGCCGCCGCCGUGCAGACGUACGAACCGAGCGCCGCCCAGGCCUCGCCGACGCAGACGUCGAUGCCGAUGCCGGGCGUGACGAGCAAGAUCCCCGCCACGCCGGGCCAGGCGAACGCGAGCUCGUCGCCCACGGGGUCAGACGGCAGCAACAGCAGCAACGACAAUGGGAGCGGCGGCGGCGGCGGCGGCGGCGGCGGAGGACAGGGGGGGGUUGGGAGCUUGGCGAUCGUUGGCAUGGGCGUCGGCGUGAGCAUGGGCGGCACGCUGCUGGUCGCUGUGGGCGUCAUACUCUGGCUCCGCAAGGAGAAGAAGAAGCAGUGGGGCGGCGCGGAGCUUGGCCCGGCGAGCACCCACGCCGGGCCCUUGGGCGAUUGA